AGCCUGAGUUUGGCUGACAAAAAUGUUUGCCGGUGUUGACAGAAACUCUCACCAAAAGGGGUCGAGAGUGGUCAAUUCGUCAAAACCUUGGCGGCAUCCCACUUGCACACCGAAAUCUCGUUUUCAAUACAGCUUCAAGUUUUCAAGGUGACAAAACAAUCAAAGAUGAUGAAUGCGCCAUACAAACAACCACCAAACGAUCCCCCGUCUCCUGCAGCCCUGCACGGUCCCAAACAUCCUCCCGCGCUCCGCUCACCUCAUACACAAAGUGUCGGAGCUCCUUUCAAAUCAUCCAACGCGCCGCGCAACCACUCAAUGAGGCAUGCGCCGCCGCCCUCGACAUCAGCCCAAGGGCUCCAUGGAGAUGGUGGUGUUUCAAAACCCAGAAUGCAAGGGCGGCGGGUGAGGUCGCACAGUCGCCCCCUUCCCAUAGUUAGCAACGUAGGCUGAGGCACUCGUAGACAUGACAUUCUGCUGGGCAGAUUCUGUACAUAGUCCUUGACAUUGCAAACCUCGAGUACUCAGGAACAUCA